AUGAAUUUGAAAAGUGAAGAUAUUGAGUUUUUACCAAUAGGAUACCUUUCUUCUAUAUUGGUUGGUCACCAAAAAGAGUUAAAGGUGUCUAUGCAACCCUUUGUUCCUUAUAAACCUCUUAGUGAGAAGAUUAUUCAAAAUGAACUCAACUCUAUUCAAAAAAAUAGCUCUUGGAGUAAUGCACAUGAUGGUUUAGAGAAGUUCUAUAAGGCUAUUGAAUCAAGGAACUUUGAUGUAGAUGUUCGCAAGUUAAUGAACCUAUAUUCUAAUAGCUCAACUCAACAAUAA